AUGUAUGUGAAAUGGUUUGAUACAGUAAUGUUUUACUAUGUGAUUGUAGUGUAUUUAGUGAAUGUCACUUUUUGUCAUUCAAAUUUCCCGCCAGUUCCGUCCCCCUGUACGUCCCGACGCUCGCAGGGGACGGAACCCAGAUGACAGAUGCCGGGAUCCGCCGGAUUACAUUGCCGGGGACACUGCAGGAUGGACAUCGCGGGAGCGCAGGACAAGGUAAGUGAAGAACAGAUGCCGGAGCAGCACCGCAUGGUAAGCCCAAGUGUAGCUCGGGGUUACCGCUUUUGCUACACUCGAGAAUACCGUCAGGGAGGCUAC